CGGCCCACCUGGCGCAGCGCCGCCCUUGGAGCCCGCGCACCCGCGCACACCCGCGCACAUCCGUGCACACCCGCGCACCCACCCCGCGGCCGCCGCGCCAGCUUCCAGGGCCCAGCCUGCCCGGGCGCCCGCGCUCUCGGGGCGGACUCCUGGCCCUCCGCGCUCCCCGCCCGGCGAUGGCCCCGCUGGGAUACUUCUUAUUUCUCUGCGGUCUGAAGCAGGCAUUGGGCAGCUACCCGAUCUGGUGGUCCUUGGCCAUCGGGCACCAGUACUCCUCCCUGGGCACGCAGCCCAUCCUCUGUGCCAGCAUCCCUGGCCUGGUGCCCAAGCAGCUGCGCUUCUGCCGGAACUACGUGGAGAUCAUGCCCAGUGUGGCAGAAGGCGUCAAGGUUGGCAUCCAUGAGUGCCAGUACCAGUUCCGCGGCCGCCGCUGGAACUGCACCACCGUCCAUGACAGCCUGGCCAUCUUUGGGCCCGUGCUGGACAAAGCCACCCGGGAGUCAGCCUUCGUGCACGCCAUCGCCUCGGCCGGCGUGGCCUUUGCAGUGACCCGCUCCUGUGCGGAGGGCUCCGCUGCUAUCUGCGGCUGCAGUGGCCGCCAUCAGGGCUCGCCGGGCGAGGGCUGGAAGUGGGGCGGCUGCAGCGAGGACAUCGAGUUCGGUGGCAUGGUGUCUCGGGAGUUUGCAGAUGCCCGGGAGAACCGGCCUGACGCCCGCUCGGCCAUGAACCGCCACAACAAUGAGGCUGGGCGCCAGGCCAUCGCCAGCCACAUGCACCUCAAGUGCAAGUGCCACGGGCUGUCGGGCAGCUGCGAGGUGAAGACGUGCUGGUGGUCCCAGCCCGACUUCCGCGUCCUCGGGGACUUCCUCAAGGACAAGUACGACAGCGCGUCGGAGAUGGUGGUGGAGAAGCACCGCGAGUCCCGCGGCUGGGUGGAGACGCUGCGGCCGCGCUACCACUACUUCAAGGUGCCGACGGAGCGCGACCUGGUCUACUACGAGAGCUCCCCCAACUUCUGCGAGCCCAACGCGGAGACGGGCUCCUUCGGCACGCGCGACCGCAUCUGCAACGUCAGCUCGCACGGCAUCGACGGCUGCGACCUGCUGUGCUGCGGCCGCGGCCACAACACGCGGACCGAGAGGCGCAAGGAGAAGUGCCACUGCGUCUUCCACUGGUGCUGCUACGUCAGCUGCCAGGAGUGCGCGCGCGUCUACGACGUGCACACCUGCAAGUAGCCCAGGGGGGCGGGCACCGCCUGCAGCCUCUGCGCCCCUCCUAGCCCGGGGGCCCCGGGGCUCCAGUGGCCUGCAGUCUCCGUGGCUCCCCGUGGCAUCUUGGGGGCUUCCAAGGCUUCCUGGGAUUUGGGGGGCUACCUCCAGAGGCCAUCACCUCCCUCCCCGUCCCCUGCCCCAGAAGUCUCUGCUGACGCCCUCUGGGAGUCAGGACCCUGCCCCUCCUAUGCCCCAGCCGGGAGAGCAGACCACUGCCCUGCCCCUGGAGAGGGAGAAGAGGCCUGGUGGAAGGUUCCGGGAUCCUGGCCAGGUCCCAAAGCCCCCAGCCCUGCAACUGCACCCUCCCCUUUGCAGCUAACAGAAAGUGCCCUCUCUCUCCUCCCUGUCUCCUCAACUGUGCCACAUCCCCGUGAGAGAGGACUGGAGACUGCAGCCACCCACCCGUCCCCCUCGCCCACUUCUCCCCUCCUUGCCUCAGCUCUCCCUCCAACUGGCCCACAGCCCCUUGUAAGGGAAAGACAAGUAGAGGGGGGCAGACCCCCAAGGCUACCCAGAGCCACUGGCUGGGCCUCUCCCAGCUCCACCCUUCUGCCUUUGAGGCUUGCUUUUAGGCUGGGUUGUUUGGGAGGACUUGGUGGGCUCAGGGGACAGCGGAUCAGUCGCAGGUGGAACAGCUUGGGAGUUCUCGAACCCAGGCCCAUGCUGCAGAGAGAGGGCACGAAGCCCUGAGCUGGAGUGGUGCCAUCCCAGGAUAAGUGACCCCCAACCCCCCUAGCCCAACCCCGGGAGACUCUGAGCCCCUCCCAGGUCCAGCUGCCAGCCCCUGGUGAGGGUCCUGGGAGCCUUUGGCUGGUCAACUCAGAAUAAGUGGACCCUCCAUCCAACGUCUCAACCUCUGUCACUGUGAAAUGUCUCCCCAAGGACCCCACCCUCGAGGCAGCUAGGUGGGGCAAAGAUAUGCCCUGAGCCCCCGAAAGACCCUGCCCCAGCCCAGGGAUGGGCCCUGCUAGGCCUUGGAUUUUGCAUUUUUUUUGGUUUUAAUUUUAUUUCCAUUGCUGCUAUAUCCACCGUACACUGGAGUUAGAUGGACAGACUUUUUUUUUUUCCUUUUCUUUCUAUGAAAGAAAUUAUUUUAGUCAUAGCUUGUGAGUU